GCAUUUUUAAGUGACUACAGCAGUGCAGAAACCAAUGAGCACCUUCCUAGUCCUUAUCAGGAGAGUCUGAGGGCAGGAUCAAGCCAGAAUCCUUCCUCUGAAGAAGGUAAUUAGUUCCUGACCCCAGCUCAGAGAGUGUCUGCCUCGAGACUUUUAGUCCCCUCUCUGCAGAGGAGAAUCCAGCUGCAUGUUUCCUGUAACCCUUGUCUCUGCCGUGCACACCUGGAGAUAUGAAUGACACCCAUGGCAAGGGCAAUAUCAGUGCUACUGUGGAACUGUUCCAGCUCAUCGUGUACACGCCCACUUUUAUCCUGGGAUUGCUGUUCAACAUAAUGGCUCUGUCAUUCCUGUUUUUUAAAGUUAAAAAGCUGUCAGAAUCUACAGUCUACAUGAUAGCCCUUAUAUUCCUGGAUACUUUGCUGUUGUUUACUCUUCCUUUUAAAAUCAUUUCCUACCACCUUCAGGACAACUGGAACUUGGGGUCUGUGUUUUGCUCCACCUUGGAGAGUCUUUACUUUGUGAACAUGUACGGCAGCAUCCUCAUCUCCCUGUGCAUCUGCGUGGACCGGUACAUUGCCAUCCAGUACCCCUUCGUGGCCCUCACCCUCAGGUCUGUCAGGAAAGCUGCCAUGGUCUGUGCUCUCGUCUGCCUGGGCACCUCUGUGGGGACAGCCUCUACUUUCCAACUGCAUGGAAAGGGCCGCAACAUCUCGUCCUGCUUCCACAACUUCUCCAAGAGCACGUGGGAGAACGUGGGCCUGUUCAGCACCUUGCAGAUCAUCUUCUUUGGCAGCAUGGCAGCCAUGACCUUCUGCACUGCCCGAACUGUCCGGUGCCUGAGAAGGCACAGAAACCCAGACAACCCCCAAACACACAGUACCAGAGCAGAGAGGAUCGUGGUGACAAACCUGGCCGCCUUUUUGGUGUGUUUCACACCUUACCAUGUGGCAUACUUCAUGUACUUUUUGGUGAAGAACAACAUCGUCCACAGCAGUUUUCAACAAGUGCUACGAGACACUGUCCAGGUCACCCUUUGCUGGGCAAACCUGAACUGCUGUCUUGAUGGGGUGUGUUAUUAUUUUGUUUUAAAGGAGUCUUUGGAUGACCCAUUGCAAAACAGUGAAAAAAGAGCCACACAAAAUCUUUGAUUUAUGUACUGCAUGUUCAUUACUUGGGAUGAUGUGUGGAGAGGCUUUUGUGGAAAGUACAGGGUUAUGAACUUCUUAACUAAGCAGUUUGCUUUAAAUAUUCACAGCUGAAAAUAUUUCCUGAAAACCAUAACUAAGUCCAUUUCCAGAAGACUGUUUCUAUUUUUAGAAAUUUUCUGUUUCCAUAAUGUCUCUUAUUAUUAUUUAUGGGUUAAAAAAAUUAAUUAUUCAUAUAAAUAGUGAUGCAUAUUUCUAUGGAUGUGAUUCUUCUUUACUUUGAAAAGGAAAAAAUGUUCACUUACAUGUGGUAGCAUAUUUCAGCUUCCCUGUCCACACUGUACCUGCAAACCUUCCUCAAAACUUUAGUCACUACAGACUUGGUCUGUUAAGAAGCAAAGAUUUGAAGUUCAUGGUUAAAAGCUUCAGACUAAAUUCUUCUGCCUCCCCUGUCCUGGUCAUGUACACUUGUCCUCACUACAUAUGCCUGUUGGGUUUAGACUUGUAUAUGCUUUAAAAAAACCAAUAAUGAUUGUAACUCUAAAUGCGAAGGCAGCUUUAGGUUCAGACGGGUAUAGAAAGAUCUCCAUGUCAUUCCUCCACUGCUUGAUUGCUCUGCAAGAUGCAGCACUUGUUUUGGUGACAGCUGUUGUGACUCCUCACACAUCUAACUAAUGCUGCCACUGGCUCAAUUCCCCACACUGCACACACCGAUUGACUCCCCCAGUUCCAAGCUUCCUCACCAGCUCCUCUCCUACUUGCAGGAUUUUCACAUCUGUUCCUUCCUGCUUGGUUACAAACACAGUUUCAUGAACACAGCCAAACCAAACAAGAGCAUGAAAUAAAAUCCCCUAGACCAAUGUAGUGGCAAACCCAUGACCCUGAAGGAACAACCCUCACCUUAUGAAGGGAUAAGAUAAGAGCAGCCCUGAUCCCUAAAGCAGUAGCCAGAAACACACAGAACCCUGGGGGAAAGCAACCUUUUGGACCUCAGAGCAAGCUGAGCACUACCAUUCCCCAAGCAAACAAGGCAAUAAAAAAAUAAUCAAGCAGGAGAGCCUAACACGCCAGUCGGUUACUUCUUAUCAGUGCUUACAGGCACAGAUAAAGACAACGAGCAUCCAGCCUGCAGAGAGGCAGCCCACUGCUCUGGGCACCCCCAGACCUGCCUGCAACACUCUCCCAGCAAUCAGCUGCCACCUUCCUGAGGGUGAGGCUGAUUUGGCAAUCAAAGCCAAAGAGGUUUCAUAUUCAUGCUGAGCUGGAUCCUUGCAGUACCUCUUCGAGGCAGGGAUAUUAAUCCCAGCUUUUGAACUGUCUCUUUUCCACACACUUUUGACAAGGAUAAUGCACAAACUGUGUGUUGAUUUCUACCCUGAGCUGGAGAUUUGCAUGUGGGGACUCCAGUCUGUCAAAGUGAACGUUUAUGAAGUAAAUUUAUGUAUGAGAUUGUACCAAAGAAAUCCAGUUCCAGCUGGGAACACUGACCCAACACAGACCUAAGGAUGUGCUGCUGUUGACAGAAUCCUUUUGGUGUUCAGGCGACGAAUUGUGCUUCUGAGAAGACUUGGACUGUGUAUUUACCUUAUUUCCUAGUUAUGAAAAAGUGCCUGAAA